GAAAAGGCGCCGUCUUCCUGGGUCGCGAGCAGUCUGUGCCGGAGAGGGAGGCCGUGGGAUUCAGUGAAGAUAAUUUCACAUCGAGGAGGAUUUUAUCUGUUUGAAGAUAUGUGAAGAAGCUACUGAAGCGAUGGGAGAUGCUGGAGAAAGGAAGAGUGGGUCAUGCAGGAAGCAGAUUCUGAGAGGAAACAAUGGUGGAAAAGAAAGUAGGACACAGAUGUAGGACACUAAGGUAAAGUCCUGGAGAAGAGACAUUUCCAUUUUGCUGGCCUCACACCCAGGCUGCCUAGCACAUAACAGUUCACGAUCCUGAGGAUGGAUGUCAUCUUUUCAAGCCAGACCAUACGUCAGUCCACUGGUCAGCCUGUGCAUUGCCCACCUGUGGCCUAAUCAGUGUGGCUCCAGGAGUGAGACACAGGGUCACGUGGAACAAACUGUGGCUGCCCAAGGGCUGCUCCUUUAGCAUCAGGACUCGGCACUUCUCUGCAAGGAGAGCACUCGGGAAGGAAUGGCUGCUGUGUCUCCAACUGCCAGAUUCCAGGACCCAGUGACAUUCGAGGACGUGGCGGUGGUUUUCACAGAUGAAGAGUGGAAGCGUCUGGUCCCUACUCAGAGGGACCUCUACAAGGAGGUGAUGCUGGAGAACUAUAAGAGCAUUGUCUCGUUGGGACUUCCAGUUCCUGGACCUGAUGUGAUUUUUCAGUUGAAGAGAGGGGAUGAGCCUUGGAUAGUGGAGCUUCAUGGAUCUGAGGGGAAAGAAUGUGCAGAGAAUGUCUCUCAAGACUGGGAGACUAAGCCUGAGAUUCAAGGUGCUUCAGAAGAAGAAAAAUCAGAAAGAACAUUGAGGGAAAAGCUUGGAAUGAAAGGUCCUCCAUCUCCUAAAUUUGAAGUUCAUGCAGUGGAUGGUGGGUUGGGAACAGAGAAGGAAAGCCCUGCAGUGGACGCCUGCAAGAAAUUCCUUUCUCAGGAGGAAAGGUUGCAGCAUGGGGCAACCCCUCCCAAGAAAAUUCUCACUAAAGAGAGAGACCAGGAAUGCAGUGACUGUGGGAAGACCUUUUUUGACCACUCCUCCCUUAUCCGCCAUCAGAGGACACACACUGGAGAGAAGCCCUAUGACUGUCCUGAGUGCGGGAAAGCCUUCAGUCACAGGAGCAGUCUCAGUAGACAUCUGAUGUCGCACACUGGGGAGAGCCCCUACGAGUGCAAUGCCUGUGGGAAAGCCUUUUUCGACCGUUCAUCCCUAACUGUACAUCAGCGAAUUCAUACUGGAGAGAAGCCCUUUAAAUGCAACGAGUGUGGAAAAGCCUUCUUUGACCGUUCGUCCCUUACUCGACACCAGAGAAUUCAUACUGGAGAAAGUCCUUAUGAAUGUAAUCAAUGUGGGAAAGCCUUUAGCCAGAAAAGUAUUCUUACUCGACAUCAGCUAAUCCAUACGGGCAGGAAGCCGUAUGAAUGUAACGAGUGUGGGAAAGCCUUCUAUGGUGUCUCAUCACUGAAUAGACAUCAGAAAGCCCACGCUGGAGAGCCUCGCUAUCAGUGCAGUGAGUGCGGGAAAGCUUUCUUUGACCGCUCCUCCCUUACUCAACAUCAGAAGAUUCACACUGGAGACAAGCCAUAUGAAUGCAGCGAAUGUGGGAAAGCCUUUAGCCAGAGGUGCCGGCUUACGCGACACCAGAGGGUUCAUACAGGAGAGAAGCCCUUUGAAUGCAGCGUGUGUGGGAAGGUUUUCAGUUCCAAAUCAUCAGUUAUUCAACAUCAAAGGCGUUAUGCCAAACAGGGAAUAGACUGAGUUGAGCAAAAGCUUUAGUUAAAGGACCUCCAUGCAAACUCAAGAUAGGUCUUCCCCAUCUUAAACCCAUCUCCCGGUCAUUGCACCUAUUCUGGCUACUACUGUCCUUACCUGCCUCUGUUACCACAGUGUUUGAAGGAACACUCUCUACCCACUGUGUUAUAGAGCUGAUGUGGGAUGCCAGAAAUUAGGAUGUGACUCUUUAGAGUCAACAUUUUGCAGAGGUUUGUCAGACGAUAGGGACAAACGUUAGGAGGCGAUCCUCAGACACACCUCUCGUCCUGGGCCCCAGGUAUCACUACACUUUAAAUAACUGGAGGCCACAGCAGGAGGGGAAGGCACACUAAUGUCAGAGCAAUACUGUUGUUUCCAGAACAGUUCUUUCUUUAUAGCCGUUAGUCCCUCUCUCUUGGAGAUUUUUUGGGCACUGACCUUGUUCUGUUGUGUCCCAGCUUCUAGAUCUCUUAAUACUACUACUAGUAGCUAGCACUUAUUGAGCGCUUAUUAUGGGGCAAGCACUCAGCUGAGAGUUUUGCAAGGAGUAGAUUAUUUGCUCCUCUCACUAACCCUCUGAAGUAGGUACUGUUACUACCCACAUAUUACAGAUGAGCAAACUGAAGUUUAGAGGGAUUAAAUAACUUGCCCAAUGUGACAGCUAGUAAAAGGUGAAGCCAGGUCUUGAAUACAGGUCUCCCUUCGAAGUCUGUUCUCUUUACCAUAAUGCUAUAAGGUUUGUUUUAUAAUUUAUGUAUAUGUAUUAUCUCCUCAACCAGAUUGUAAGCACUCCGAGUUGUGACUUACAUGUCUUUGUAUCUCACACAGUGCCUUGCAAAUAAUAGGUGCUCAAUAAAUAUUUAUCUGAAUUAA